AUGCCUGUCUCAGACAACACUCGCUUCGUGAAGCUCCGCCGCCCAGCCGUCUUCAAGGCCAAGGCGGAAGAAGUCGAGAAGAAGCCCACCCCGCGUGAGCUGGCCGCCGCAGAGGCGGAGAUGAAUGAGUUGAUCGAGAAAUAUGUCCGCGAGGCCUCUGUUCCGAUCAUGAAGUUCGAGUCGGAUGAGGAGUGA